UGCGGGUGGGUGGGUUGAUGUGUAGGUGUGUGUGUGUUGCGUGUUUGGUAGUAGAAGUUGUGGAAAGCAAAACGCUUCUAACUGCAGAAGCAUUUACUAUCUGACUUUCAUUUGACUGGGAUUUUAGUGUUAGUUGUUUAUCAGGUGUGUGUGUGUGUGAGACAGUGUAAGUGUGGUGUGGUACAGAAAACUCAUUAGGACCCAAAUAGAGCAGAAACGAAAAUCUCGGAGCGGCUGGAGAAGAUGUUUGUAAUCUUUAACAUCAGGUUCUGUGUGCUGUUUUGCUGUUGUGGUGCACGAUGGAGGUGUGAUCGAUUAUGAAUGCCACCAUGACACAGAUCGGGAUCGAUAAAUCUCAUCUGCCGCACGUCUACGACGUGUGUGAGUGUUUCUCAGUGCUGGAAGACGGAGCCCUGGCCCACUGCCUUCAGGAGCAGGAAAUUGAGCGGUUCUACAGCUCCAACGUGCAGAAGAACCAGUCUGAGCAGAAUGAUGUGCGCUUGGCACGGAGGCUACAUGAUGAGGAGGAGGAGAGGGUCCGGCUCACACACCAGCUCCAGCAGCUGGAGAAGCAGGACUGCGAGUACGCGAGGGAGAUUCAGGAAGAGCUGCGGCGAUGUGAUGAAGAAGCUCGGAGGAGGGAAGAGGAAGAUGAGGAGAUGGCGAAGCAGCUGCAGGAUGAGGAAGAAUUAAAGAUUAGACAGGAGAGAGCUGAAUCCGGUCACCACGAGGACGGAGGAGUUUCACCGCUCAGCCACGGGUGGAGGCUCUGGGAGCAGAUGAUGCAGGAUGCUGAUUUGGCUCGUAGACUGCAGGAGGAGGAGGACAAACAGCCCCACUGGAGGACCACUGACACUGACAUGGAUUUCCGUACAGUACAAGUGGCCCAAGAUGAGGAACUCGCUCGCUUCAUGCAGCGACAGGAGAAGAAGGGUAACAGGUGGUCACGUGACCUGCUUGCCCUGGAGAGGUCACAUGAUCCAAGCGGCACAGGCGGAAAAAUGUUGAGAGAGAAGCUGAACUCUGAAGGCCUGCACUCACCUGUGGAAGAAGAACAAUCCCUGGAUCCGAACCCACUAAUCCCUACAUGCACUACUCUACAUCACAGACACACACCCCCCUUCUACAACAUUGCAGAAGAACUGGACCCAACGUUCACCGGGAGGAAACCGGAAAGCCGGGUCUCGAGCGGCUCAUCGCCUGGAAUCUGCCUGGCUCCUCGUACACCCCACAGCAUUUUCUAUGACUACCUUCCAGAGCCUUCCGUCGCCCCGCCGAGCAGACGCCAUGCCGACAAACCCGGACGUCACAAAGCCAAAGAGAAGCGGGAAAGCUGUAAGCAGCAGUGAAGCGAUCAAGGUUUUAUAUUGGGAAUAAAACACGGUGCCGGGGAAUUUACCUGUAACUGCACGACUGGAAAAUGUUAUUCCGCCCUUAGAAACAGUUACACGUGUUUAUUAAUCGGACAGUGACACAUCAUACGCUUUUUAUCCAUUUAUAGUUACGUUGACAUGUUAGUUCUAUUGUCGCUUACUCUAUAGCAGCUAUAAACUUUCCCUCACCAGCGUUCUCUCUCUCGUUUGAAGGCUCUAGCACUGGAGACUCCUUCCAUUUUUCCAUUGCUAAGCGUUCAUUCUUUAUAAAUAACCCCUGUAAAAGCUCCUGGUACAUGAACUUAACUCUACUUUCCUGACCAAUCAGAAUCCUGGAUUCAAGAAAACUAUUGUACGUUUAGUGUCCAAAUGUCUGAAACCACUGUUCAAUGUCUUCAUACACUCUUCAUGCAGUUCUAAUGACCUCAAAUUCUGGGACUUCAGGGAAGGUUUUAGAUGAGCAAUGAUAGACUGAUUAACAAAAAGUAGUUGUUUUAAAACUACUAAACUACAAAAAUGAUGAGUAAGACUGAUUAAGAGGAAGAAUAAUAAUAGUCAGAGUAUUAUAUUUUUUCAAUUCUAUAAUAAUUGUUAUGAGCCCAAAUCUUUAUAAACAUGCUUCAAAGUUUAGUGGAACAUCUUCCUAGAAGAGUGGAGCUUAUUAUAAUAGUAAAUGGGGACUAAAUGUGGAAUGGGAUGGAAAAAAAAGCAUAAAUCUUACAGUCAGGUGUGCACAAAUCUUUUGGGGUCUGUAAAACCUCUCCACAUUCCACAGAGUUCUCAUAGAUCAUUACUUUACAUACUGAGUCCUUUUACAAGUGAGAACUUUCACUCGAGUAGAAAUUAGUAGCUACUAAUGUAGUGUAAUUGGUAGUGAUCAAGUUACAGGAGGAGUUGUAUUGAUCCCGGGUUCGUUUUUAAACCAGAGAUUAGUUUUACUCGAGUACAGGAGUGGUGUACGCCAUCCACCGCUGGUGUUCAUACACCAUACUACUGAAAUAUCCUGGAAUUUUAAACGCAGUUUGUUUGCUUUGCCCAACAAGUGAUCAUCAAGAGCAUGAAGUUGUUCAUCAAUAAACCUCGGGCACCCACGUUCCUUAGAGCACUUUUGAAAGAUUCUGACCACUGCAGACCAGGAACAUCCCACAAGAGCUCCAGUUUUGGAGAUGCUCUGACCCAGAGGUCUAGACGUCACAAUUUGUCAAAAUCGUUGUGCAUGUUUGGCUUUCUGAGGCCUGUUGUACAUAGGAAUAACAUCAAGAAGAAAAUCUUGCUAAGAUUGCUAAGACUUUGGUGUAUGUUACGCACUCGUCUAACUUUCUACACAAACUCUUUUUGCACUCUAUCACUCUGUCCUGUACAGAUUUCAUUUCACUGUAAGAUUGAAGUAAAAUCUUCACUGUAAUAAUCACAGCAAAGCUCUGAAUAAAUGUCAUUAUAAGCAGUAA